AUGAGAAUUAAGAAGAAGAACUCUACCGGUAAUGCUAAGAACUUUAUCACCAGAUCACAAGCUGUUAGAAAGUUGCAGAUUUCUCUAGCUGAUUUCAGAAGAUUAUGUAUUUUCAAGGGUAUUUAUCCAAGAGAACCACGUAAUAAGAGGAAGGCAAACAAAGGUUCUACUGCUCCAACUACAUUUUACUUUUCAAAGGAUAUUCAAUAUUUGAUGCAUGAGCCUGUCUUAGCAAAAUUUAGAGAACAUAAGACAUUUGCUAAAAAAUUAACUAGAGCUUUAGGUAGAGGUGAAGUUUCUGCUGCAAAUAAAUUAGAGGAAAGCAGAAGUACUUACAAGCUUGAUCAUAUUAUUAAGGAACGUUAUCCAAGUUUCCCAGAUGCUUUAAGAGACAUUGAUGAUGCAUUAAACAUGUUGUUCUUGUUUGCUAAUUUGCCAGCCACAAAUCAAAUAUCUGCUCGUGUCACCAAGGAUGCGCAAAUGAUUUGUAAUCAAUGGUUAGCUUUUGUAGCAAAGGAGCGUCUAGUGAGAAAGGUAUUUGUAUCUAUCAAGGGUGUCUAUUAUCAAGCUACUGUCAAGGGUGAAGAUAUUAGAUGGUUAGUUCCAUAUAAAUUCCCAGAAAAUAUUCCAUCAGAUAUUGAUUUCAGAAUCAUGUUAACUUUCUUAGAAUUUUACUCCACAUUGAUGCAUUUUGUUUUGUAUAAACUAUACACUGACAGCGGUCUUGUAUACCCACCAAGAUUAAACAUUGAACAAGAUAAAAUUGUUAACGGUCUUUCAUCAUAUAUUCUUGAAUCCAACGAAGAGGUAAGUUCAUUGACCAAAGCACCAACACACUCAGCUUCAAAUGAUGUUGCUACCUUAGCUUCCUCAGCAAUUACAUCUGCUUUAAAUGCCGACAAGAAUGAAGUAGAAGAUGAACAAAAUGCCGAUAUUGAAACAGAAAAUGUAGAGACUGUUAAACUAGAUACCUUUGAAGAUAAUAACAAGAAUCAAGGUGAUAUUUUGGCUCAACCAAGUCAAUUCAGUUCUCCAAUUGCCACUUUAUUCUCGAAGUUUGUGUUUUAUAUUGGUAGAGAAGUUCCAUUAGAUAUUGUUGAAUUUUUGAUUCUUUCAGCUGGUGGUUCUGUCAUCAGUGAAAUUACUUUAGAUCAACUAGAAGACAAAUCAAGUCUCGAUCUAUCUAAGGUUACACAUCAAAUUGUCGAUAGACCUGUAUUAAAGAACAAAGUUGCUGGUAGAACAUACAUUCAACCACAAUGGAUAUUUGAUUGUAUUAACAAGUGUGAAUUAGUUCCUGCUAGUUCAUACCUACCAGGAGAAAAACUUCCACCUCAUUUAAGUCCAUGGGGUGACUCUGCUGGUUACGAUCCGGAAGCUCUUGAACAAAAGAAGGAAGGUGAAGAAUCUGAAUCUGAAGAAGAUGAAGAUGAAGGAGCUGAAGACGACGCCGCUGAAGAGGAAGAGGAAGAGGAAGAGGAAGAAGAUGAAGAAUUGGCUGCUCAAAAGGAACUAGAAUUAGAAGCACAAGGUGUCAAGUAUAGUGAUAACAAGAAACCAAUUUCUGAAAAGAAGAAUAAGAAGAGAAAGGCUACCGAUGAAGAAGAUGAGGAGAAGAAAUUGAAGAUGAUUAUGAUGAGUAACAAACAACGUAAGCUAUACAAAAAGAUGAAAUACUCCAAUGAAAAGAAAGAUGAAAGGAUUGAAAAUCUUAAGAAGAAGAAGAAACAAAUCACAAAAACCAAGAACAAAUUAGAAAAAUUAAACAAGAAAUAG